GGCUGCGGUGAUGGUUAGGACGACUAAAAUGGAGGAGAGUAAAGUGUUGGAGGCGAUUGCGAUGAGAGGGAAAGAUGAGGAGAUCGAGGAAAAGAGAGAUGAGAGAGAGAGAGAGAGAGAGAGAGAGAGAGAGAGAGAGAGUGCUAGGGUUAGAGCAAGGUUCUCGACAGCCAAGGACAGUGGGGCUCGGAGGCGGCUUCCAGGGUUCGGCAAGGGGUUCCUAAAACAGGCUACAACGUUUUUCUUCUAUGAUUUCCCAGAGGAUCGUUCAACAAAGGAUCUGUGGUUCUGUUUUUGGUCAUAUGAGAAGGUGGUGGAUGUGUAUAUUCCCACAAGGCGUGAUCGAAGAGGUCGUCAGUUUGGGUUCGCGCGUAUGGCAGGUGCCUUUGAUGUCAGGGACAUGGAGAGGAAACUAAACCAAAUUUGGCUGGAUUCCUAUCGCCGUAAAGUGAAGGUGGCAGAGAAUAUGAAAAAAGGGAAGGUUGAGUUUAAGGUGGCUCAAAACAGAAGGGAAGAGAAACAAUGGGUCAGAAGGGAUGCGAGGGUGAGGCCUGGGAGGUCAUAUGCACAGGUUGUUGCUGCUAGUCCGGGUGCAGUUGCGGAAGGUUUGUCCUCGAACAAGGGGGAUAGACAAUUGAUGGCAACGAGAGAAAUGGAGGAAACAGCAGAUGGGAUUGCAUUGGAGGGUUUCUCGAUGAAGGCUUCUGCAGGGAUACCUGAAAAACCCUCAGAGAAACUGUCUGUGCCAUUGAUAACGGAGGGGGUAGCCGGAGCAACGUCUCCUAUACAAGGUGAUUUUGUGUUAGAAUUCUUGCCUAGUGAUGAGGAAGUGGCUUGGUUGAAUAGGAGCAUGGUGGCUGUGGUCCGGUCUCUAGAUAUGGUGAGACAAAUUCAACAUAGGAUGGAUGUUGAUCGUUUAAUGGUGAAUGUUGCAUUGUUAGGAGGUAGACAGAUCAUUUUGGUUGAUAAUUCAGAAGGAUGUCUUGUGGAGUUCAUAGAGAAUAAUAAGGAGCUAACAGAGUUAUGGUUCGAAUGGGUGCAACCAACAUCCUUAUCCAUGGUUUCAGCUGCAAGUCGUUUGGCUUGGCUGCGUUUUUCCAGUGUCCCUUUACAUUCAUGGAGUGAGCAAUGCUUUGCUGAGCUAGGGGGAUUAAUUGGCGAGGUCAUACUCGUGGAUGAAGAUACGAAGAGCAAAUCAUUUUUGUGUGAAGGAAGGGUUCUCAUUCUGUGUGAAAUAAGGGCUAAAAUUUCAGCAACAAUACUCCUGAAGGUGGGUAAUGAAGCUUUUCCGAUUGAAGUGGCUGAGGAGGAGUGGAGGAUGGAUCCAGAUUGGUGGCUGGCCGAGGAGCGGAGGAAUCCGACGUCAGAAUCGGUAUCAGAAUAUUCUAGUGAUGAUGGCAACGAAUCUGGCUUAAUGGCUUCCGAAAUUUGUGGAGGGGAUGAAGCCAUGAAUGGCGAUAUUCAAGUUGUAACGAACGCUGCAACGGAAGGAGAGUCUUUUGAAAAUUUGGAAUUAAUUGGGAUGGAGAUGUGCGGGCUAGAUGGGGCAGACUUAGGUGGGCUAGUGGGGGAUGAUUUAAUUGGGUUGAAGGGUGUGGACAUGGUUGGGCCAGCAGCAACAAGGUCUGGUGAGCAACAGGCUAUAGGUGGGUGUGAUAGUGGGUUGUUGACUUGUAAUGGUUUGUUUCAGCAACAUGAGGGAAAAAAAAUAAAGAAGAGCAGAGAUUUAGGGGCAAUAUAUUCGGGGAAUGAGGGUAUCGGGGCUACAGAGGAUGGGAAGACCAAAUUAAAAGCAGGGGAGGCGAGUUGGAAUAGAAACCAACUGAUUCGGCAGCAGAUCCAGCUGGAUGAGGUGCAGAAGUUGUUCAUGUUGGGGCAAAGACUAGAGGUUAAGUGUCAACAAAAUGAGGAUGAAGUGCUGUCUCGGGGUUUGGGUAGUGUGGUGAAGAGAAAAGAGAUUUCUAAGUUAGUAAGAAAGGAGAAUCCAGAUUUCUUGUUUAUUCAGGAAACAAAGCUUGAACAAAUUGAUAUGUCUGUGUGUCGGUUAGUGUGGAACUCAGAUGAUUUUGAAUGGGUGAUGCAAAAAUCAAAUGGUAAUUCGGGUGGUAUGCUGUGCAUAUGGAAUAAGAGGAAUUUUGUGAAACAGAGGGUAGUUGAAGGUCAAGGUUUCAUCAGGAUUUCAAAGGAGUGGGGUCAACAACGGAUUCAAUGCACUUUUGUUAAUGUUUAUGCGCCAUGCGACAGGCAACGCAGAGUUGUGUUGUGGGGGGAAUUGAGUAGGUUAGUAUUGGAUGAGGGUGGGGGAUGGCUUUUGGUAGGGGAUUUCAAUGCUGUUUGUAAUAGUGCGGAGAGGAAAGGGAGGAUGGGUGAGACUCAAGACAUGGAAGAAUUUAAUCUUUUUGUGCAAGAGACGGGUUUGGUAGAUAUCCGGUUGAGGAAUAAAAAGUUUACAUGGUAUAGACCGGAUGGAACUUUGAUGAGUAGACUUGAUAGGUUCUUGUUAUCCACUAAGAUGAGUUUAAUGGAGGGAGAUUGGAUUCAAGAGGGCAUUCGAAGGUCAAUCUCAGAUCACUGCGCAAUUAUUUUGAAAUCAAGAAGUGUUGAUUGGGGUCCCAGGCCCUUUCGGGUACUCGAUGUAUGGCAACAUCAUAAUGAUUUUAGAAAGUUUAUAGAUGAAAGAUGGAAGACGAUGCAGAUUGAAGGAUUGUCAGCCUACAAGUGCAAGCAGAAGUUGAAAUUGUUAAAAGAGGAAUGCAAAAGGUGGAAUGACAGGGUGUUUGGCAAUGUGGAGGCCCGAUCUAACAAAUUGAGGAAUGAGAUUGAGAGGCUGGAUAAAAAAUGUGAGGUGGAAGGGUUGAAUGAGGCAGAGGUGAAGCAGCGAAGGGAGGCUUUUCAGGAGCUGGGGGAGACAUUAAAGCAGCGGGAAUUAGUAUGGAAACAGAAAUCAAGAGCUAAUUGGGCUAGCUCCGGAGAUGCCAAUACAGCAUUUUUUCAUAGGAGUGUGCAUGCUCGGAGGGCUCAAAAUACCAUUUCAGGUAUCUACGGUGAUAAUGGGUGGGUUGAGGAACCUGAGCUUGUUAAGGCGGAGGCAGUGAAGUACUUCACCAAGGUAUUUCAGAAAGAACAGUGGCGCCGACUGAUGAUGGAUGGGAUUUCAUUCCGGAGAAUUUCAGAGGCACAACGAGAAUGGCUUGAACGACCUUUUACCAUAGAGGAAAUUGAAAAGGGGCUAAAUGAUUGUGAUGGCUCCAAGGCUCCAGGCCCAGAUGGUUUUAAUUUUAACUUUGUAUUGGCCAAUUGGUUGAAGAUGGUUAUGAAGGGUAUUAUCAGUGAGUCACAAGCAACUUUUAUUGGAGGUCGGCAACUGGUCGACAGUGUGUUAGUUCAGAAUGAGGUUGUGCAUGAGGUGAAAUGGAGGAAGCAAGAGUGCUUCAUUUUAAAGGCGGAUUUUGAGAAAGCCUACGACUGUGUGGACUGGGGCUUUCUUGAUUGGAUGAUGAAUAGAAUGGGGUUUGGGGUGAAGUGGAGGAAGUGGAUGUGGGAGUGUCUUUCAACUGCGAGAAUCUCCAUUUUAAUAAAUGGAAGUCUGACGAAUGAAUUUCCAGUUCGCAAUGGUCUUCGCCUGGGGGAUCCCCUGUCACAUUUUUUGUUUUUGUUAGUUGUGGAAGGCUUGUGUGGGCUUGUCAAAAAAGCGGAGUGUAAAGGACUCUUGAAGGGUGUCGAGAUUGGACGGGGAGGCAUGUUGUUAUCAUUGUUACAGUUUGCGGAUAGCACGGUGUUUAUGGGGAAGGCUGAUGUUGAUAAUUUACGGGUUGUGAAGGCCAUUCUGAAUUGGUUUCAACUGAUCUCUAGGUUGAAGAUCAACUUUGGGAAGAGCUAUUUUAGGAGGGAAUUCAGGGAGAAGACAGUUUUGGAACCCAGUGCUGGACCGUUUCCGCCAGAAGCUUGCCUCCUGGAAAAGCCCCUUGCUGUCGUUCGGAGGAAAAUUGCAUGGGUUAGUUGGGAGUACGUGUGUAUGGAUAAGGGGAGAGGUGGCUUAGGAGUUGCUGAUUUGGAGAGGAGGAAUUGUAGUUUGUUGGGAAAAUGGUGGUAUAGGCUAGGUGAUGGUGUUGAUGGUUUAUGGAAGCGGGUUCUUUGGGAGAAAUAUUAUGGGGGUAGAAAGGAGGUUGAUGUUACGUCAGUUGUGAUUUGGAAUAUGUCAGGUGUGUGGAAGGACAUUGUGGGUCUCGACAGAGGGUCGGAACAGUUAGAAGCAAUGUUAGGAAAAGGUUUUAAGUGGAAAGUGGGGAAUGGGAGUUGUGUAGACUUUUGGCACGAUAAAUGGGUAGGGGAUAAACCAUUACGAAAUUUAUUCCCUCGGUUGUAUGCAUUAGCUAAUAUUAGGGAAGGACUGUUAAAGGAUAUGGGGUUUUGGAGUGCUGAAACUUGGAUAUGGGAUUGUAGGUGGAGGCGUAAUUGUGUAGGGAGGGGAGUGGGGGAGGAAGAACAGUUUAGGGAGUUAAUAAAUAUGGUUGGGUUGCAUAGGGGAAAAGCUGAUUCUUGGAGCUGGAGUCAUAGUGCUGAUGGUGUAUAUUCGGCUAAGAAGGCUUAUGACUUUUUAUCACCGAAAUGUUCUAUUUUGGAUGAGAAAUGGUCUCGGGUUCUUUGGGGUAAGUAUGUUCCUUCCAAAUUGAGUAUUUUUGGGUGGAAAUUACUUUUGAACAGGUUAGCUACAAAGGAUAACUUGUGUCGAAGAAGGGUUGUUGUACCAGGGGGAAACGUUUGUUGUGGGCUUUGUCAUGAGGGUGUCAAGCAUCUCCAGCAUAUUUUUUGCGAGUGUAAAGCAGUUUGGUUGGUUUGGAUGAAGGUUUUGGGUUGGUGGGGGGUCCAGAGUCCUUUUCCAAAAGAUGUUUUUGGAUUGGCGGAUGUUGUGGUGGCUGGAAUCAACAGGGGGGUGCUGGACGGAGGUAGGGACUCUUGUUUUUUUGGUUACUGCUUGGUAUGUUUGGUUUUGGAGAAAUAUGAAGGUGUUUAGGGCAGGUGAAAGGUUUGAAGACCAAAUAUUGGACUCUAUUCAAUCUAAAUCUUUUUUUUGGCUCAAAAGCAAGGAACAAGGCUGCAGUUUUUCCUAUACAGAUUGGAUUUUACGCCCAUCGGAGUGCAAGAGGACCAUAGUUCAACAUGGCAAGAAUCUAAGGAUCUACAAGAAGACGUAUUUGUUAUCUUCUUAGUGGGUGUCUUUUAGAUCCUUUACUUCAUGGCGUGUUAGCUAGGGAGUUUUGUUGGUUUAAUUUCUCUUUCAAUCUUGUAAGAGGGCAGGAGUACCCCUUGUACUCCAUUUAAUAAAUUUCUUUUUGCUGA